AUGUCUAAACGUAAAAGAGACCAUAACAUUGUGCCUCUAGAGAACACAUAUGGGGCUCUACAGAGUGAUGAUGAACCCUACGACUUCUCCAAGAAGAAUGAUGAUCUCAUACUAAAUGACGAUUACCAAAGUAAUGACUCAGACUCAUCUGAUGACAGUGUUAUAGUUGAAAGCGAUGAUAACGAAGACCCAUCUCCACAAGGUCAAGACAUAGAAAUUGAAGUUGAUGAUGUACCACAAGCUUCCUACGACUCAGACGAAGGACCCAGGCGAAAAAUACGGAAGGAAAAUGAUCUUAGUACCAAUAAAGAUUUCAUUGGCUUUGGAUUUGAAUCCUCAGACGAAGAAGCUGCCGAUGACCUUAGUGACGAUGGUGUGAUAAGUAAUGACGAGGGGGAUUUAAUAACAUCCACAAACCCUUCAAGUUUGUAUCCUUGGAUCAAAGCCCAUGAUCAUUCCACCCAAAAAGAAAUCGCCGAUUGGUUAACUAUGGAGAUUAAAGAUUUCAUCAACUAUAUCUCACCAUCGAAGGAAGAAAUCAUCAUGAGGAACAACGUUGUCAAUAAGCUUAAAGAGGGGAUACGGAGAUGCUGGCCCGAUGCUGAAGCCCAUGUAUUUGGUCUGUAUGCCACGGAUUUAUAUUUACCAGGAUCUGAUAUCGAUAUAGUGGUGAUAUCUCAGAACGGAGAUUGUGAAAACAGACAUAAGUUAUACCAAUUAAGUUCCUUCCUUAGACAAAACAAACUAGCACGGGAAAUAGAAGUUAUAGCCGGAGCAAAGGUACCAAUCAUCAAAUUUAUAGAACCGGAAAGUAACAUUCAAAUCGAUGUUUCUUUCGAAAGAACCAACGGGAUUGAUGCUGCUAAGAGGAUAAGUAAAUGGAUAGGCGAUACCAAAGGUUUAAGGGAGUUGGUGAUGGUGGUAAAGCAGUUUUUGAGAAGUAGGAAGUUAAAUAAUGUUCAUGUUGGAGGUUUAGGUGGGUAUGCUACCAUUAUUUUGUGUUACCAUUUCCUUAGGUUACAUCCCAGGAUAUCUACCAAUAAUAUGAACAUCUUAGAUAACUUGGGAUCGUUAUUAAUUGAGUUCUUUGAACUUUAUGGAAGAAACUUCUCUUAUGAUAAUUUGAUUCUAGCCAUAGAUCCCGUGACAGACUUACCGAAGUACCUUAAGAAGUCUCAGUAUUAUAAGUUGAUUACUUCCAAGAACCCUUUCUCCUUGGUGGUUCAAGAUCCUAGCGAUCCUGAUAAUAACAUUACCCGUUCAAGUUAUAACUUGAGAGAUAUUAAGAAAGCUUUCGGAGGAGCCUAUCAACUUCUAACCGAGCGAUGCUACCAGUUAAACUCGGCUUCGUAUAAGUCUCGUAUCGGUCAGAGUAUCUUGGGUGAUAUCAUUAGGUAUAAAGGUAAGGAGAGAGAUUUCAAUGAUGAGAGAGAUUUGGUAAUGAACCAUGCUUUGGUAAAUCACGAGAAGGAGGCCAUAACUGAGGUUAGUGUUGUAAGUAGUACCGUGAGCAGGGAUGGUGGUGGUAAGAAAGCGAAGGAGACUAAGAAGGUCAAAGAAUCCAAAAAGGAGACCAAGAAGGAAACUAAGACCAAAGACACUGAAAAGGGUAAACCUGGUAAGGUGGUUGUUAUAGAUGAACCUAAGGAGUAUUUCUCCGAAGUCACCAUUGAUACCGAGUCUGAACCUGAGUCUAAGGCCGUGCCAACCUCUGUGUCAGGACCUAACUCCCAGUCUAAGACUAACCAAACUAAACCUAAAAACGUAGCGGAUUUCGUUCUAGUUGAGUCAGAAUCCGAAGAAGAAGAACCUCAGCCCAAGAAGAUUUUGGAUAAGGACGCCAAAAGAGAUUACUGGAGACAAAAGGGUUUAGAGUUGUAG